CGCGCCUGUAAUAACAAUAUUGUGCCCGCGAAAAAAGAUGGCCUCCUCACGAUGGAAAAGUGGGGUAACUUGGCUAAAAGGGGAGGAGGAGGUCGGGAAAUUGGGGCACGAUGGGCGUCUGGCAUCGUGAUAAAGCGCGCGGCCAACUUGUUAAUGGCAUUGUUGUUGAGUGGUCCCGGGUCCACCGACUGGAAGCUGUGGACCCUGGAGAAAUGGACAAGACGAUGGCGAGGGUGGACAGACAGAGAGAUGGAAAAAUAAAUAUAUUCAAAGUGCCCCACAACCGACGGCUAAACUGGCCACUGGGCAGGCUAAAACAGGAGACAUUUGGAGGGGGAAGAGAGGCGAACAAGAAGAAGAUGAUGAAGAUUGUGGACGGCGGCGGCGGCGGUUCUGGUCUGGUGCCGCAGAGUUGCUUCCGAAGAGUGUUUGGAUCGGCACCACCGUUUUUCAUUCAGUUAUGGGAUGUGCAGUGCCUUGGGAGGUGGCGAGAUGGGUUCAAAAUGUUACGGUAUGGUUCGUGAGGCCAGGGAU